AUGAUCAUCGACAAGUUAUUCACUGUCGGUAUGUUCUGUCCGGUCAUUUUAUCAGACCACCUUAUGCGUUGUUCCUUUGCUCUUUCAAAUCAUUUGAUCAUAUCUUCAUGUAUUAAAUCCUUAUCUCUUUUACGUUUCCUUGUUUGGUCUUCCUCUUUUUUCUUUCUUUCUUUCUUCGUUUUUCUUUCUUUCUCUCAUUGCAAUAUUACUUGUAAGAUUAUAUUAUUUUCCACCGGUCUCAGUUUUUCUCCUUUUCGUUUAAUAUUGAUCAUUCUGUUUUCUGCAACUUUCUUUCUUUCUUUCUUUCUUUCUUUUUCUUUCUUUCUUUCUUUCUUUCUUUCUUGCUUGCUUGCUUGUUUGCUUGCUUUGUGUCAUUGUAAUUUUACUUGUAAGAUUAUAUUCUUUCCCAGCGGUUUCUCUUUUUCUUCUUUUCAUCUUCUUUUUUCUUUCUGUUUUCUCCAUCUUUCUUUCUUUCCUUCUUUCUUUUUUUCUUUCUUUCUUUCCUUGCAAUAUUAUUUGCAGGAUUACAUUCUUUUGCACAGUGAUCUUUCUUUCUUUUUCUUACUGUUUUCUCCAAUUUUCUUUUUUGUAAUUUCUUCUUUCUUUCUAUUUUCUUCUACAAAUUAUAUCUUUUGGUUUUCUACAAACUCUCUCAUUAUUUCUUUCUUUCUUUCUUUCUUUCUUUCUUUCUUUCUUUCUGCUUUAUGCAAUUUCUUUCUAUCAUUUUUCAAUUUUCUACAAAUUGGCUCUUUUUCAUUCUUUUUCUUUCUUUCUUUUUUUCUGUUUUACUUUAAUUCUUUCUUUUCUCUUUUCUACGAAUGCUUUCUUUUUUCUUUUUUCUCUUUCAAUUAUUCAUUCUUUUUUUCUCAGGUGUCUAGAAAUUCGCUCUUUUUAUAUAUUUUUUCUUUCUCUUUUUUCUGUUUUGUUUUAAUUCUUUCAUAUAUUUUUUCUUCUGUUAGCUUCUUCACUUUCACUUUCCUCUUCUUGGUCUUUUGUCUUUACCUGAUCGUUAAUAUGCAUUUCUUUCUUUCUUCCUGUCUCCUUUUCUUUCUUUCUUUCUUUCUUUCUUUCUUUCUUUCUUUCUUUCUUUCUUUUCUUUCUUUCUUUCUACCUUAA